UUUGAUAUAUUGAUAUCUGGUCUAUUUUAAUUUUUUUUUUGUAUAUGCUUAUUUUGUUUUACUAAUUAUGGGUUUGCUUAAAUGUUAGAAUUUUCAGUAUAAAUAUGGACAACGGUGAAGGUAUAUGUGAUAAUGAUAAGGAAGUUGUUUUUCUUACAAUCAAGAAAGGAAUUGAAGAAUUGUAUGUUCCAAAAUUUGAAAGUGGUUUUGAGAGACCAGCCGAUUUGUCAGAUUAUGAGUCUUAUAUCAGCAGUUGUGAUAAGAGGUUUGAAGAAUUAUAUUCUUCAUGCCCCAACUUAGUUGCUUGUCCAGUUGUUGGUAAUAAACUAAAACAGAAAUGUAUUGCCUCAGCAAUUAUUCUUUGUGGGGAGCAUUCUUCUUCUAGUUUAUGGACCACUGAUGUAUCCCUUGAAUUAGCUAAAUUGAUAUUGGAAAGGUUAAUGAAAGAAUGUGGUUAUACUAAUAUUGCUGAUGCCCUGACCUCUUCUAAUGGUAUUGUAUUUGGAUAUAUUCUGAAUGAUCUUAGGCCUAAAUUAUUGAAGGAUUCUUGGAAAUGUUUUGGAGCUGCUGUAGUUUGUUAUUCUUGGGUGUUAAAGCUAGUUGAGAGUCCACAUUUGGCUGAACAUUUGAACAACAUUCUUCCAACAGCUUUAAUACUUGUAGAUGACUUUGUUUCUGAAAACAGAACACUCGGCCUGAAGAGUUUAGAACAUAUUAUCAAUAACGUAGGAAGAACCCAGUUAUGUUGGUUUGCUCAAGAUGAAGUUGUUUUGAAGGCAUUAGAGCCCCUAGUAUUUUUUAAAGAUGAAAACCUCAUUGAACCUUUAAUUUUGGUAUUAAUGUCAUUGCUUAAGAAGAAAUUUCCUCAAAUAAUAAACUCCGAACUACAGGUAAAUGAGUUUGAUCCCCUUAUAAAUACUAUUUUGCAUAAUAUGAUGUUGGAACAAAGACUUAAAAUUAGAAGUGCCUAUGUAAAAAUGCUCCCUGUCAUCAUUAGAGCUAGAGGGCUCGGCAUGUUGCUACAUUCAAUUGCUUUGUUAAAAGUAAUUGAUGAAUAUGUUUUAGAACCUACUUCUUCUGUGGAAGGUCUUGAAGCUCUUAAAUGUUUUAUAGAAGUAUGUUGGCCAAGAAUAUAUGCUCAUUUUGAUCAUAUCUUUCUUCUAAUUUGUAAAAUUUACCUUGGUAUUGAACAUAAUCGUUAUACUGAUUUUUGUGUUGACAAAAUAUUAAAGGAAGUAAUACAAACGUUGCAAAAACUGUGCCCAAAAAAAAUUGAAGAAAGAAGAAAUGAACUGUUAAAAAAUCAGUGUUUUCCUGGACUUCAGUCUCUUAUUGAAUAAAAUAUUCUAUUAUCCUGUUCUCCCAAUCCGCGCUCAGCUGUUAUAACUUACACUAUUUCAAAUUAAUUUGAUCUAUUAAAUUAGUGUUUCAACUCAUGGAAAGAUAAUUGAUAAUUUAUGAUUCUGUAAUUUUAAGAAACUCUCAUUGUUGGUAAUGUAAAGUAUUAUACAGAAUUGUUCUCAUAGAAUGAAGAAUUGUUGAAAGGCUGUGAUGAAUAACUUAGUGUUCUCUCUCACCAUUUUAUAUGCUGUAAUUUUUAAUUAAAUUAUUUAUUAUAUAUAA